AUGGCCGCUUUCUAUCCCUACAAUGAUACGAGCCUCGACCAACCCCAGAGGGACUACCUAAUGAAGCUGGCUGGUUUUGCUGAAGAACAAAAUCUCGAUGAGGAUCUGCGAGGAUAUGUCCGGGCCAUCACGAUUGCCUUUACGGUGUUCGCCGCCUUUGUAGUUGGCUUACGGUUUCUGGCGCGCCAUCUCCAAGCCGCAAGAUAUCUCAUCGACGACUAUCUUAUGCUAUUCGCGCUGGUCUUGCUCGUGGGGAACAUGAUCAUGAACCUGAUUCUUGUGGACCAUGGAAUUGGUCUACACUCAGGCCGAUUGACAUUGCCAGAGCUUCAAUUCCUCGAUCGCACCAUGAUCGGGGCCGAAAUUCUAUACGUCAACGGCGUGAACAUGUAUAAAAUUGCGCUGUUAUUCUUGUACUUGCGCAUCUUUCCCAUGCGUGAAGUGCGUAGAGGUGCUUGGAUCUGCGGCAGCUUGACAUCUUUAUGGACGCUUGCUUGCGUUAUCGCGGCCUCGAUUCAAUGCCUCCCUUUGAAUACGCUGUGGGAGCCUUGGAAGCCUGGCACGUGUAUCAACCUGUUUCUCACUCAGCUCUGCAUCGCUAUCCCGAGCAUCAUUGUGGAUAUUGCGAUCCUCUAUCUACCGAUUCCUCACGUCUUGAAGCUCCAGAUGAACCGAGCUCAAAGAAUCCUAGUCUUGUUCACCUUCUUACUCGGCAGCUAUGUUGUCUUCACUAGUAUCUAUCGUUUCCGCAUCUUUUUAUUCUUCACAAAGGACGAUUCGCCAUAUACCCUUGCCCAAGGACUCGCUUGGAACAUUAUCGAGAUUAGUAGUGGAAUUGUGUCGGCAUGUCUACCAACUUUGGGUCCUAUCGUUCGCAUCUUAUGGAAGGGUCUCCUCGACUCGGCCCAGCGAAGUGGCCUUGACAAGUACGGCAGAUCGUCAGCCAACAAAAAGUCCGCAGGAAGGUCAGCAGGUAUGACCAUUGGUGGGGGACGGUCUGGAACCGCCUCCCACGCAAGAGCAGCGUCGAAGGACUGGUCAAAGUUCUCUGAAGGCCAAAACGACAAGUCCGGUCUGCGAGAAGAGGCCAAGUACGGUAUCGGUCUUAAGACAAUGGGAGGAGAUGACGCCAGCAGCUCGCACAGCUCCCGUGGCUCGAACGACAUCGAAUUAAUGCCCCAGAGCAAGAGCUCUGUGAGUGUCACAGUGAGGAGUCCUGGAAGGGCAAAUUUCGCCGAAAAUGAUGAGGGCCCAACGGCUAAAGAUCAUUACCACGGGACGAAACUCUCGAAACGCAAUGGACCAAGCUACCCUCAUCACGACAACAGAAUCUGGCAACAUCGCGAGGUAGAAAUAACAACGGAACCUGUUGAGCCGGAAUCAAUGUUACCUGAGCCUAACAGGAAAAGAACAUCGGGAGUAUUAUGA